CACCUCUUAGUCUUCCCCACCGGAUCGAAAUCAAAGAAUCAAAAGUUUUCUUCUCGAAGUCUCCAAAAUCCCAAUCCGUAACCCUAAUACUCUCUUUUUUUUUUUUCUUCAAAAUGUCAACGGCCAUCGCCAAGACGAAGAAAAUCACCCUUCGGACAGCCGACAAUCACGAAUUCGAAGUGGAUGAAGCCAUUGCCAUGGAGUUCGUCGCUGUCAAGACGUUCUUCGACGAAAACCCUGACGCCACCGAAGCACCCAUUCCACUCCCCAACGUCUCGUCCAAAUGCCUCUCAACCAUCAUAGAAUACUGCAAAUCCCAUUUAGCCUUCCGUGCCCGCGGCAGCUCCUCAUCCGUCGAGGACGAAACCAAGGCCUACGAUGAAGAGUUUGUCAAGGCCCAAGACAAUGAGUCGCUGAAGGAGAUGAUUUUGGCCGCUAACUAUCUGAAUAUCAAGGAUCUUCUUGAUAUGUUGAAUCAAGCCGUGGCUGAUAGGAUUAAAAAUAAGAGUGUGGAGUUUGUGAGGAGGUUUUUCGGAAUCGAGAACGAUUAUACGCCGGAGGAAGAGGCAGCGGUUAGGGCACAGAAUGAAUGGGCGUUCGAAGGUGUCGAUCCUGACGAUGAUUGAUGAUCGGGUUACUGUUUUACAAGGUUCAUUUAUUAGUAAUUUCUCUUUUUAUUUUUCCAUUUUUAUAAAAUAUGCGUGGUUUGGGAUUAAAAUCCUAACAAUGGUAUAUUACUUGACUUAGGGUUUAUCACCUUUAUAUGUUAAUGCUAUGUUUUUAAUCCAUCUUUUCCUUAUUAUUAA